AUGGAGAAAGAGAAGUUCCAGCAGAAGGCUCUGAAGCAAACUAAGCAGAAGAAAUCCAAGUCGGCUGAAUUUCUGAUGGUAAAAGAAGAGAGAGCAGCAACAGAAGGCAUUGAAAAUCCAGCUUUUAACAUCAGCAGCACAGAUCUUUCAGCAUAUCAGCCUUCAGAAGAGAAAGUUAUUAGACAUGACAAGCCAGAUAGCACCCUUGCAGCUCACCAACAAAAACUCAGGCUGCAAGCCCAUGCUGAACCAAGAGGAAAUGAAUACAGCAGAAAUUACUUUGACCCGUUGAUGGAUGAGGAAAUAAACCCAAGGCAGUGUGGGAUGGAGGUCAGUGAAGAAGAUCCUAUGAAAUUUGAUGAGCAAAUCCUGUACAGUAAACUGAUGAAGUUUCUCGAUGAAGAAAACAAGAUGCUGGACUUCCAAGCCCGUGUCACCAGUGAAGAUUUUCUAGACUCCGUGAUGCCUGUCAGCUCCAGUAAGGCACGUGACCUUCACAGGGAGCUUGAAGAUGAAGUGAUUCCUUCAUAUAUCGAACAGUUUGAGAGAGAUGUUCAGGAUGACAUAAUUCUGCUUGGCAGCUUUUCACUGGAACAGUUCUUCUUUUCUAACUGCUGCAGAGUGGGACGUAAGCUGUUGAAAGCAGAGGAGAAUGAAUGUGAAGAAGAAAUGGUAGCCAGCUUUGGUAACCUUGCAGGUGUGAAUACUGGAUUAAAUGGAGCAGCAGGACCUUGCGGGAAGGUUGACUGCUCCAAGACACCACAGCCGAUAAAAAUUCAUGUCAAAUGCCUGAGGGGAGUCAAAGAUAAGGUCCCUAAAGGCUGCUACACCCUCAAAGUUUCUGUUCUCAGCCGCUUAGGUGGUGGCUUGCUGGAGUGGCCCAAAAUGAAGGAGCAGCCUUGGGCUAGGACAACACUGCCUGUUAGUCACGAUGGAAACUUCUACAACACUGAAAUGUACUUCGGACAAAGUAUCCAGACAGUUCUACCACCUAGAAAAGCUAUGAAGCCAGGCAUGGUCCUCCUCUUUGAACUCUUCCUUCUUCGUGGGACCCAUACUUGGAUUGAUCGAGAAGUGGGAUGGGGAGCUUUUCCCUUAUGUGACAACAAUUUUAAUGCUUUGGAGGGAAAAUUUAAAUGUCCCUUCCUCAGAGGCCAUUAUGACUCUAAAAUUGACCGAUUCAAAAAAAUUGAAAAUUUUAUUUCUCAAGACUUGGAUCAUUGGUUAUGCAAUCUCUACUUUCAGAAGUUAGCCCAAGCACUACAGUGUGCAAUCAAGAUGGGAGAUUUGCUUAGCCUGGCUGUGUCGGAGGAGAGGCAUUAUCAGCCAAGAUUUUCAAGGAAAGUGUUCAAAGGGCAACCUCUGACCUCCCCGAAAGAUCCUGACACCCACAAGGGAAGUAUUCCCACUGUUGUAAAGGAAGUGGAAAAGCAGUUUAAUACUGCGAAAGGAGGAGAAGCGUGUGUGUCAGAAGAAGCUGGGAGGAAAAGAGAAGAGCUUAAAAUGCUUCCAGCAGGGAGUGACUCUCCUUCUGUACCAGGAGACUAUAAUAAGUCAUGUUUAGAUAUUGAACUGAAAAAUAAUAGCUAUACAAUUGUUAUUUCCAGCACCACAGUAUCUGGAGUCUUCUCUGCAUUUAUCAUCCUAACACUUCCGGAAGAGGAUGAUUUUUACCAAGAUUGCUGUGGCAAUGCAGAUGAGCACUGCGUCUUGUUUCAACCGAAGGUCGGCCAAGGAGGACAUCACACGAUCAACUGGAAUAACCCACCUGACCAAUGUUAUCAAGAAAAAUCAGGUCCUGGGAACAAUGCAAGCCCAGAAGAAGGGAAAGCAUCUGCAGAGAGUAAUUUUUACUUGGAGGAGUUAGAGAAAUAUACUUUUUCUGUGUGCCGCCGUUCUGCUGCUGAAGUGAAACUGUCCAGGCGGGUUGUUGAGCGUUUCCAUUUCGUACUAUACGCAGCCUUCUCAGAGCUGGGAGCUGCACGCUGGCAUUCCAGGGACUUCUGGCUGCUCACGCUGCUGGUAGUUUUGCUUUGGUUCGUGAGACUUUACCUGCAUUAUUUGAGCCAAUGGCUCUUCCUUCAGACCAUCUCUGUUCCUGUUACAAAAUUCCAGCUUUUCCCUCACACUGUUGAACUGUGCUACCAGAACUCCUUGCUGCACACCAGUGAAGAGUUGGUCAUGGUUGUGGUGGGGCCCCUAACCUUGAAUGCAGGGCUGCUUCUUAUAGUCCUGAUCAGAUGGGGCUGUCAGCAGCUGUUUCACUCAUUCCCUUCCUUCUUGUCAAAGUUUAUCAUAGCUCUGGGACUCUGGACAGUGCUAGACCCCUUGGCAGUGUUCAUAGUGGACUCAGUCCUGGGGCGACUUGGGAACAGUGUAGAGAAACCUAUUGCUGAUGCUGCAAAGCUCUACUGGGUCUUUCUAAGAGCAGAGGAGUCAGGGAUUCCUGGUGCCUUAAUCACUGUGGUGCUUUAUACAGUCCUGUUCAUCAUCUCGUCGACAGUGUUGUACCUGUACUUUUUAAGGCUACAUAGCGAAAGUUGGCUGUUGGAUGUAUUUCAACGCAUUCGUGGUGAGGAAGGCACAUUCUUUGUUCCAUUGGACUUAGAGAUUUCCAAUCAGGAGCUGAGCUACGUUAUAAAGAGGGCUGAGCAGUGGAGAGGAAUCAAUGGUGAAAGGCGAAUGGUGAGUGGCAAACAGAGUCCCCAAAACGAAUCUGUGACAUACUGGUCCAAAUUAAUGCUUCGUAUUUCUGGGUAUUACAUAAAAGGACCUAGAUAUACAAGAAAAUUAUUCUUAGGGGUGGGUGGCAAGGCAGAGGCUCCUGAUGCUGUACCUGGUCCUGUAUGGGUAUGGUGCCACAGGGAUGGCACCCAGAGACGGGAACUCCUGAAGGAGGUCUUCCCCUGGCAAGGCGAAUGUUUGCUCAAGCACAAAGGUUUGAAUGAUGUGGCUUUGGCUUCCAGCAUGGUGGCAGUGUCUGAUUACAUCUGGAAGGACCCCGCCAGCAAGCCUGGUGUCUCCAGCUGUGACCUCCAGCACCAGGAUGAAAUCCCUGACUCUGCAGCUACCUCGAGAGGUAGCACCACCGUUCACGUCUCUGUCUACACUGUUCACCUCAGCGGCUUCCAGGAGCUCUACAGGCACUUCCUCAGGCUACCUGAUGGGGCUAUCGUUGAGGCAUUUGGCGAUAUUGCCAGAGAAAGUCUUUUGUAUAAUGAAAUGAGCACAGCCCAGGAGCGUGUAAGUGAAAUGGACAGCGUGCUGCAUACAUCUUCACAUAUCAAGCUGAGGGAGAGGAAAAAGAGUACAGCAAGGUGGAAAGGAUACAUGGGGAAUGCAAAGGGAGCAUUAGCUCUAUUUAGUUCAAGGCUUCGUCCAUCCAGCCUUGGAAAGCGCAUCCAGAGAGACAGCCAAAUCAAUUCCAGGGUGCUAGGAGAGCGAGGGACAACCCACAAUGGUGGUACCAUAUGGGAGGUGUCCAAGGAGCCUGGAGAACAGCGGUGCGCCGCAGACUGCCCGGCCGCUGUCAUGGGGGGUGAAGGCAGUGGUUCAGCUGUUGAUGGCAGUGGUGGAGGCUCCAGCAGCGACAAUGCUGCAGUGCCUUUCUCGUCCAGGGGGAACUUGACACGCAGCCAGGCAUGUGCCUCUCCACUUCUGGAGCCAGUCGAACCUCAUCCUCCCACGCUGCCAUGCUCAGUGGCUCACCCAGGCAUUGAAGGAACGUGUGCUGGUCCCACAAAGGGAGUAUCCUAA